CUACAGAUAUCGAAGAAGGCGGGGUGAGCCGCACAAAACAUGGACAGGAACAGAAAACGUCGAGCGUCCAACUGAAGCCUGACAACUGUACUGUAAGGAAACAGGCAGAAAGGUUUUAGCAGCUGGCGCUAAAGGGACAACCUGACACCCGGUCAACAAAAUCCUGCCAACAUACAUCCUGUUUCUGCUCCCGUUCACUGGGGUCCGAUCCGUCAUAAAUAGAGUUACAGUCAGCCGUCAAGAUGGUGGAGGCCCCCAUUUAUGCCACAGGCAUGGCCGCCAAGCUCAGGAGUCAGUGGGAUCGCGACGGCGGCCUGGGACAGAACGACAACGCGGUGAAGUUUCUGGGUCAGGACUACGAGUCUCUCAAAGCGCAGUGCCUCCAGAGCGGUUCGCUGUUCGAGGACAACAUGUUCCCCUGCACCACAUCGUCUCUGGGAUUCAACGAGCUCGGCCCCAGAUCCUCCAAGACCAGCGGCGUCCGCUGGAUGAGGCCUUCGGAGUUGUGCAGGCGGCCGGAGUUCAUUGUGGACGGAGCGACUCGCACAGACAUCUGUCAGGGAUCCCUGGGAGACUGCUGGCUGCUGGCAGCCAUCGCCUCACUGACCCUGAACGAUAACCUCCUCCACAGGGUGGUUCCUCACGGACAGAGCUUUCAGCAGGGUUAUGCUGGCAUCUUCCACUUUCAGUUCUGGCAGUUUGGAGAGUGGGUGGAGGUGGUGAUUGAUGACCGCCUCCCAGUGAAGGAUGGGAAGUUGCUGUUUGUCCACUCCGCAGAGGGGACUGAAUUCUGGAGCGCUCUGCUGGAAAAGGCCUACGCCAAGCUGAACGGCUGUUAUGAGGCUCUGUCAGGCGGCAGCACAUCUGAGGGCUUUGAGGACUUCACCGGAGGCGUGACGGAGAUGUUUGAGCUGAAGAAGGCCCCCCCAGACCUCUUCAGCAUCAUCGGCCGAGCUGUCGAGAGAGGAUCCCUGCUUGGCUGCUCUAUCGACAUCACCAGCUCAUCAGACAUGGAGGCCGUCACAUUCAAGAAGCUGGUGAAGGGCCACGCCUACUCUGUCACCGCUGUGGAGGAGGUGGUGUAUAGAGGGAACCUGACCAAGCUGGUCCGCAUCAGGAACCCCUGGGGGGAGGUGGAAUGGACCGGGGCCUGGAGUGACAACUCCGGAGAAUGGGACUCCGUGGACAGCUCCGUCAGAAGUCGGCUUCAGAACCGCAGUGAAGACGGAGAGUUCUGGAUGUCCUUCACUGACUUCCUGCAGGAGUUCACCCGUCUGGAGAUCUGCAACCUGACGGCGGACGCCCUGCAGCACAGCCAGAUGAAGAAGUGGAACACGUCGCUCUUCGGCGGCGAGUGGAGGAGAGGCAGCACCGCUGGAGGCUGCAGGAACUACCCAGCGACGUUUUGGCUGAAUCCUCAGUUUAAGAUCGUGCUGAAGCACCCCGACGCCCCCGGCCAAUCGGACUGCAGCUUUUUGGUGGCACUCAUGCAAAAGGACCGCAGGAAGAAAAGACGAGAGGGCAAAGACAUGGAGACCAUUGGGUUUGCUCUAUAUGAGGUUCCAAGAGAGUUCGUGGGGAGCUCGGGAGUCCACCUGAAGCGAGACUUCUUCCUCACGCACGCCUCCAGCGCUCGCUCGGAGCAGUUCAUCAACCUGAGGGAGGUCAGCUCGCGCCUGCGGUUGCCCAUCGGGGAGUACGUCAUUGUCCCCUCCACCUUUGAGCCCCACAACGAGGGCGACUUUGUCCUGAGAGUCUUCUCCGAGAAACCCGCCGGCUCAGAGGAGCUUGAUGACAAAGUCGUUGCAGAUCUUCCACCAGAGGUGAGAGGAGGCGAUUUAAACUACAGACUAAAGUUAUAUGAAGAAAGUGUCAUUAACGUGUUUGUUGUGUUUCAGACCAAACUUGAUGAGAGCCAGAUUGACUCAAGCUUCAAGAAUCUCUUCAGGCAGCUGGCAGGCAAUGACAUGGAGAUCAGCAUAACUGAGCUUCAGACUAUACUGAACAGGAUCAUUAGCAAACAUAAGGACCUGAAGACAGAUGGCUUCUCUAAAGAGGCUUGCCGCAGUAUGAUAAACCUCAUGGACGCGGACGGGAGCGGGAAGCUGGGCCUGACAGAGUUCCACGUUCUCUGGGAAAAGAUCAAACGAUACCUGACUAUAUUCAGACAGUUUGAUUUGGACAAAUCGGGCACAAUGAACUCCUAUGAGAUGCGGAUGGCCCUUGAAUCUGCAGGCUUCAAGCUGAACAACCAUCUGUUCCAGCUGAUCAUCCUGCGGUACACAGAGGCAGACAUGGCCAUCGACUUUGACAACUUUGUCACCUGUUUGGUCCGGCUGGAGACGAUGUUCAAAACAUUUAAAAACAUGGACACGGACGGAGAUGGUCAAAUAUCCCUAAACUUCUUUCAGUGGAUUACUCUGACCAUGUUUGCCUAGAGAUGAGUGGAGUCCAUGAACCCACUGCAACUGCAGGCCCAUUAUUCCCAAAUGCUUUUAUUUUUACUUUUUUACCAGUGCCUUCACUGCUCUCUUCUCCUCCAAGAUGCUUUCUGCUGAGGCCUUGUGUUACUAAAACAGACAGACUUUGUGAUUCCAGUGCCUUUAUUGGAAAUGUGCCAAUUCUUUAUUUGUUGCAUGAUUUGCCAAAUGAACGGAGCUCACUUGUAGCUUCGCUCACCCUGGGUGCUAAUGUUUUUGUUUUGCUAAUUUUUGGGGGUGUUUUUUACCUUUAGGUAAUGCUGAUAAACUAUAUAGACAUAAACAAAUUGCUGGUUGGGUCUAAGUGGGUGGACACAGGGUUGUGCUUUUGCAGCAUGUUUUUAAUUCACAAGAUCUUUAACUUUUAUCACCACACAUCGUGGCGCUUUCUGUCACUCUUCUGCAAUCGUUUGCUUUAGUUUGAAAUGACCACCUGCACACUCGUGGUCUUUUAGCAACUUUAUAAAGUUUUAUCUCUCUUCCUCGCCUUCGCUGAUUCACAAGUAUUAACGCUUCUGCUAUGAUUUAUUUAAAUUCGAAACUGCAAAUAUUGCUCUAAAACCUAAAAUUUUAAAUGAUAGGAAUUAUUGGUUGAUGUCUUUCUCUCGUACUAGUUCAAUAAAAUCAGUUUCUUUUUUUUUUCUUUUUUUUUUUUUUUUGUGGGUCCAGUUUUUGACACACUCUGGUUAGCCAGUUAGAUAAUUAGCGCUUCCAGCCAGUUGAUCACAGCUCUGCAAUUCCUCUGUCACUUCUGACUGAAAUGAACAAUUCAGAUAAUUUGGAGCAGGGUCCAUUAAAUAGAUGUAAAUGUUUUACAUACGGUAGAUAAUUCCCUUGGCAUUUUUGAGGAAACAGUUUUAGCGCUGGCAGGUAGCUAGAGGGAGACUAAGACCAAAGAAGAUUUAAAUUUCUGAUCUAACCUUUUAAAGGAUUUCAUCUGAGCGCUAUUACAAACCUUCUUUAGAUGAGCGUUUGUUUACCUUAAAGGCAGUGUUGGUAGGCCGUCAAAAAGAAGUAUUUGAAAUACUUUUUGCAAAUUAUAGCAUGCUUACAGUUUUGUGUUGCAAAAAUAGGCAUAAUCAGCAGCACUCACUUGAUCUUUUAAUCCCAGUUUUGCAAUUUGCAUUUCAAAUGGGAAAAUAAUUGCCAGACUUUCCGACAUUAUCGCACACAAACACGAUAAAGACUUGGUAGUCAUAAAAAUGGCUGACAUUCUUGAGAUUGGAGUUGUUUUAACUUGGCACAAGUCCCAUCUUUGGCAUUAUUUUUGCUCUCAUUAGCUUGGAAAUCUUGUUAACUUGGGGGUUGGGAUGUUUUUAUUUUUAACCAAAGUAUAAUCGCUUAUCUGUUUCUUGCAAGAUAUUUCACUUCUUGUAAUGUCUGAAUGGUGAUGGUAUGCUACUAAGUUCUAAACCUUUUUUUUUCAUUUUCCUAAAAUAUUUUUACAAUACUUAAAUUAUAGCUGCCAGAUAUAACCUAAUUAUGCAAGUAAAUACUCAUUUACUCAACUCUGAAGCUUGAAACCCAACUAGAAACCCAACACUCUUAGUUUUCCACCCUCUUAGUCGCAGUUCAAGUAUAUUUAAUAGUGAGUGAUAAAAAUCUGGACUCUCAACAAGUUGAGAAAAGAGCCUGUGUUAAACAGAAAAUGAGAGCAAGCAUUUGAAAAUGGUCCCCAGCAUUUAACCUAAACAAAUAUAUGCAAUAUUAUAUACUGGAUGUUUGCAGCAGUGCUACUGGUCUGGCUUGUUAAUGGUGACUUCUUGUGCCAUACUUCUUUUACUCUCUUAUCGGCUUUCCUGCUGCAUUACUGAGGUCUCGUGGUUUAUGCACUGUAUCAUAGAGAAUGUUUUGACUUCAAUAUAUCCGGUCCUGUUUAGCUUUUAUUAUGCACAUGCUCAUUGUUAUGCAUGGCAUUUUGGACUGUUCUGCAAUAUCCUGGGGUCGACCUUUAACCUUUUUGUAACAGCUGGAUUUUAUACUCUGGCAAAGGGAUUGUGUUAACGUAUUUCAUCAUGAAGUGUAAGGUGAACCUGAACAUUUUUGCAAAGGGGAUGGACAAUGUGUGCAUGAAGUGUCAAAUGUAAAAAUGAUCUGCUUUUAAGAAUGAAGUUUUGUUUUUUUACUACUAUGAUGGGAGCAAGAUUUUGAGAUCAUGUAUAAUGUUGCAACAUUAAGCCUUUAAGUGUUUCAUAUGGGGGUAAAAAACAAAACAUGUUUGCCAUUUAAAAAAAAAAAACAUUUUGUAAAUGGAAGAAUGGCAAUUUGUGACAUGUGUCUUUUAAACCGUUCAACCGAACCCCUUUAAUUUGCUUCAUUGCUGACGCUGUGACUUUUGCCGCAUAAUGCUUAUGUAAUGUUGUGUAAAGUUUACACAGGGUGAUUUCUCUCCGGGUCACUUUGAACCCAUCCAUCAUGCAAUGUUGUGGUUUACGUCGGUGCUUUCUGUCAACUCUCUACACACAUUUUAAAAAUAAAAACGAGCCUUUCAAUU